CCUGCUGCCGCUCCAGCGCCGCGUCCGCGCCCGCCUCGCCCCGCUGCGCACAGGUAACCGCGGAGAAGAAGGCGCCGAGCAGCCCAGCGUACCCCGGCGCGAUGCUGCUGGCUGCCCUUGCCUGCUGCGGCCGCGGGCGCUGCCGCUGACAGCCGAGCCUGGGCCGCUGCCGCCGGGACGCGACUUCCCCUUCUUUUUGUUUAUGCCGCCGUUCUUGAGAAUACCGCUAUCCUUCUGCCAGGGACUGGCGGCAGGUCCUGCCUGACUGUUGGAUUGCUACCCGUCCAUCUUCAUUGCCUGUCUGAAAGUAUAUUUAAUAAACGGCAAAAGUCGAGCCACAAAUCCAGUGCACAUCACGUUCCCUUUUCCUGGGGAGUCCGGUUUAUUUCAGCAGUUAAAAAAGUUUAUUCCCCUCCCACCUCCAGUUUUAUUGACACUGAGCAUGAAGAAGAUUUACAAAUGAAAGCGCCUUGAAAUACAACAUCUUUUGGAAAGAGCUCUGCAGUUCGCCUGUUGAGUCUCGAAUUCCACCCUUUGCCCCUGCUGAAUCCACUGGUCUGCCCUUUACUCUCUGGGGUAAAAAACCAAACAACAACAACAAAAACCCGAAGGGGAAAAAAAAUACCUUUGGCAGCAGGGAAGCUUUGUGUGCCUGACCCAUCGAGCUCCAAGUGCCCAGUUUCAGAAAAGAAGAAAACCCUUUUGUCUUCAGCAGAUCAGUAGAAUUAUUUUGGAAGCGAGGAGAGUGUCAAGUGAUCUGGCCUACUGAAGAGGAGACCGAAGCCAUCUCUGAGUGGAGAUUUUGGACUUGCAUGAGGAAGGCUGUGUGUCCCCCCAUGUGGCAGAACUGCUGCUCUUUACCAAGGAAGUCAAAGUGAAGGAAAUAGGUCAAGGGCAGCUUUUACAUUCCACCCAAAAGGCACCACAGUUUGAGAUGAGGAAUUCAGAAGAGCAAGCAGCUACGACAGUUUUACAACGCCUGCUGCAGGAGCAGCUCAGAUACGGAAACCCAAAUGACAACCGUAACCUUCUUGCCUUACACCAGCAAGCCACAGGAAAUGCCCCCCCUUUCAACAGCACUGGGAGUCCAGCAUCUCAGAACGAAGGGCUGAGCUCCCAGGACCACCAGCUUGUGACUCAUGCUGCCCGUCAGGAGCCCCAGGGCCAGGAGAUACAGGUGGACAACAGCAUCAUGGAGAAGCAGCUCUCCCCACGACUUCAGAACAGUGAGGAUCUCCCGACCUAUGAGGAAGCCAAAGUGCAGUCACAGUAUUUCAGGGGCCAGCCACAUGCUAGUGUCGGGGCAGCGUUCUAUGUAACAGGGGUCACCAACCAAAAGAUGAGGACUGAAGGGCGGCCCACGGUUCAGCGGGUGAGCCCAGGGAAGGUCCACCAGGAUGAAGGACUGAAGGACCUCAAGCAAGGGCACGUCCGCUCCUUGAGCGAGAGGCUGAUGCAACUGUCCUUGGCCACCAGUGGGGUCAAGGCCCACGCGCCUGUCACAAGCGCACCUCUCUCCCCCCUUUCCCCGCUUUCUCCUCAGCAGUCCAGCGACCCUUAUAAGAAUUCUGGCUCCAAUGAGUUCUACAAGAACUCGGUGCAGGCCCCUUCCCAGCCCAGCAUGAAAGGAAUGGAGCAGCGGGGUCCUCCUCCAGAGUAUCCAUACAAAAAUAUGUCCACCCCAUCUAUGAACUGCAAACCUCAGGACUCGGGACAUUUCUAUAGUGAUCAUCGCAUGAACCAGCAGGGAAGAUCUGAUGGGCCAAUGAUGAGGUAUCAACAUCCCCCUGAGUAUGGGUCAGUCAGGCAGAACCCAGAUGUGCAGCUGCAGUUACAACAGAGACCACCUCACCACCACAGCCCAACUUCUUCCUUGACAUCCCUGGGAUCUUUGACUUUGCUUCAGUCUCCACCGCCAUCCAGGCUGUCCCCUUCCCAGCAUCAGCAACCUCUGACUCCAAGCCAGGGAGAUCCUGGAAUUCUGCCACGGACCCAGCAGCCAUUCUUAUCAAACCAAGUCCACCAGGGGGACUUGUACCGACUAUGCCAGCCCUUCCUAGGACCGCAGCAGCAGCAAGGGGAUUCCUAUUCAGUAAUGUCCCGGGCUCAGCAGAUCCCUUCCCCAUAUCAGCAGAUGCAAGUAGAUCCUUUUGCCAUAGUUUCGAGGGCCCAGCAGAUGGUGGAAAUCCUGUCAGAAGAGAACCGGUCUCUACGACAGGAGCUGGAUGGAUGUUAUGAGAAGGUAGCCCGGCUGCAGAAGCUGGAAACAGAAAUUCAGCAAGUUUCAGAGGCAUACAAAAACCUGGAGAAAUCAUCCUCUAAACGUGAUGCCCUGGAAAAGGCCAUGAGAAACAAACUGGAAGGAGAAAUUCGUAGGCUUCAUGAUUUCAACAGAGACCUGAGAGAGCGCAUGGAGACAGCCAACAAGCAGCUGGCAGAGAAGGAAUUUGAGGGGUCUGAAGACAAUCGGAAAACCAUCUCUCAACUCUUUGCACAAAACAAGGAAACACAGAGGGAAAAAGAGAAACUGGAAAUAGAACUGGCUGCUGCACGCUCCACCAACGAGGACCAACGCAGACACAUUGAGAUCCGAGACCAAGCCUUGAACAAUGCUCAGGCCAAGGUGGUGAAACUGGAGGAAGAGCUCAAAAAGAAGCAGGUCUAUGUUGAGAAGGUAGAGAAGAUGCAGCAGGCCUUGGUUCAGCUGCAGGCAGCGUGUGAGAAACGGGAACAGCUGGAACACAGGCUGCGGACCCGACUGGAGAGAGAACUGGAAUCUCUCCGGAUGCAGCAGCGUCAGGGUACAUCUCAGACUGCCAACGUCUCAGAGUACAAUGCCACGGCGCUUAUGGAGCUCCUGCGUGAGAAGGAGGAAAGGAUUCUUGCUCUGGAAGCUGACAUGACCAAGUGGGAACAGAAGUACCUGGAGGAGAGUGUGAUGAGACAGUUUGCUUUGGAUGCAGCUGCAACUGUGGCUGCGCAGAGGGACACGACAGUGAUCAGCCACUCACCUAACCCUAGCUAUGACACCUCGCUGGAAGCUCGCAUUCAGAAGGAGGAGGAAGAGAUCCUGCUUGCCAACAGGAGGUGUCUCGACAUGGAGGGAAGGAUUAAGACUCUGCAUGCUCAGAUCAUUGAGAAGGAUGCCAUGAUCAAAGUUCUGCAGCAGCGCUCCCGGAAGGAGCCAGGAAAGACAGAUCAGCUCUCCUCAAUGAGACCUGCCAAGUCACUGAUGUCCAUUUCGAAUGCUGGCUCUGGCUUGCUGUCCCACUCCUCAACACUGAGCAGCACUCCAAUCCUGGAGGAGAAGAGAGAGGACAAGAGCUGGAAAGGCAGCCUAGGUGUUCUGCUGGGAACAGAAUAUCGCUCCGAAUCCAUUCCCUCCACCCCCUCUCCCGUCCUUCCUUCCACACCAUUGCUGUCAGCCCACUCAAAAACAGGCAGCAGAGACUGCAGCACCCAGACUGACCGGGGCAACGAACAAAGCAAAGCUGCACCUUCCACUGCAGCCCCCACACCAGGACGACUCCCCAGUACCAACCUGGCCUACAGCGCAGAGAAAACAGAUGGGCCAAUCUUCCACUCCAGCACCCUUGAAAGAAAAGCCCCUGUUCAGAGCAUGGGGCAGGACCUCCCAGAUGGAGAGAUGGUAGAAUACCUCAUCUGAAAGGCUGUACCAGGGUCUGAACUGGGGUACAGUAGCAAGAUAUUCUUAAAAGACAUUUUUAUUGGGAAAAAAUGUAGUACCUGAGUAAUAAAAGAACACUCAGCUGUUUGCUCUUGUAUAUUAUGUCUCAAAAGUAUGGACAGGUUAAUUUAUAAUUUGUUCUAAAUUAUAAAAAACCCGUAACACUUGUUCUUUGGAAGUUUCCCUGUUAUUGUUUAAAUACUGUAUCGUGUAACAUCUGGAGAAAAAAAAAACAAGAACUUGGGAGCACUACAUCAGAUAUUUCAUUUCAGUGUUUGAAGUCUCUUAAACAGAAGUACCUCCUCUCACAGCUGUUGGUUAAAUAUCUGAAUUGAUCACAGCAAGGUGAGCAUGAUGCCCUUCUCAUGGGCAGAACCAGGGACUGGGUCAUGAGCAUCACUUUGUGGUUUUAGAAUACAGGUGUUCUGAGAAACUUACAAACAUGAGCUGUGAUCAAGGGAGAUUUCUCUUUACACUCAGUGUAAGAACUCAGAAUAGGUAUUUCACACCCAUAGGCUGGACAGUUUUGCAUUUUCUUUUUUUACUUCCCAAACUGUGCUAUUCCUUUACUAAAAGAAGACUCUGGUGAUUAAUGUUGCAUUUCACAGGUUUAGAUUCAUUGAAAGAUUUGCCACUUUUUUCUACUGAAGUACUUUUUCAGUAAUUUAUACAGUGGAUAGUAAAUAAGAUCUUGCAUUCAGGUUUUACAUACAUUAAAAAAGGAGAGUUUACAGGCUCAGUCCUGAUCUGUUGAAUCAGAUUUCUGCUAUUAUAAUUUCAUUGGCUUUAGUGGAACUACUCCAAAUUUACUGUAGUGCAAGUGGCAAGCCCUGUUGCUUUUCAGUGUUAGCAACUUAGUCUGCUGCAUCUGUGGAGAUCUUUCUCCGUAGCAGAUUUUUCUGUGUUUCAGACGUCCUUUUUAUGUCCCUCCUUCUUGAAGAGAGCAAAUUCUUUUUCACAUAGCAAAACUUCAGAGGGAGAGCUUUAGAGAGAAGCUCUGUGUAAAGUUUCAGAUGGCAAAUUUUCUCCUUCCAAAAUACUUUGUUUCUUCAUCUAACUGGAGAGAGCAGCUUAAGGAAAGUCCCAGUGGCGUUACAGAAGAAACUUACACAUUCAAGUCAUUGGGUUCACUUUCAGGUUAUUGAGAACUAGCACAGAUGCAGCGACGUUUUGGUUGCAGAUACUAUAAGGAGAUAUUAAGACCAAUAGAAGUAAAUGAGUAUUUUUUGUUACUGUCUUUGCAUUUUAUUAAAACACUUCAAUAUUAAUCUCUGUUAAAA